AUGCAGCCCGUGGAAGUUGCUCGCUCCCUGAGCACCCAAUGGCCUUGUCGGGACCUACAGGCGCGGCAGCUUGCCAGCCUGCUUCAUCCAAAUACCCCUAGCCUGUCUACAUUAGUCGUGCACGGCGUGUCUGCGACUUGCAAAUCUACCAUACUUCGCGGUAUCCUAUCAACACUCGAGGUUCCGCACGCCUUCGUCCGCAGCUCGGAAUGUAUUACGGCGCGACAUCUUCUGACCAAGAUUCUUUGGAGUACCCUCGAGGCGCUGGGUCAGAAAGAUGAAUGGGAGAAGUAUGGUAAGGGUCGAUGCGAGCAUGUUAGUACCCUUGCGGUCCUGCUGGAGGAGUGUCUAGCAGCCGGAGCGGAGGAACGGGGUGGAAAGUUUGUGUUGGUGCUGGACGAGAUUGAUCGGCAGCGUGAGGCGCCGCCGACAUUACUGUCUGCUUUGGCGCGACUGGGAGAGAUUAUCCCAUCUCUUUGUGUUGUUCUAGUUCUGAGCUCGACUCCUCGCCCACUCUUCUUGCAGAAUGCGGCUGUUCCUCAUGUUAGCUUCCCUCCGUACACAAGGAAAGAGGCAAUUGAUAUUCUACUGGCUGCGCCGAUGCCAUUUGUGGAGAACCUGCCAGACGAAACUUCGUCGCGGGUGUAUCCCCAUUUUGUUGCGACAAUUUACGACACGUUAGUUGGGCCAACGGCAGGUUCAAUUCCAACUUUCCGAUCUAUAUGCCACCGACUUUGGCCACUGUUCGUUGCGCCAGUGGUUCAAGGCGAAACACCGCCUGGUGGAAAUACGGAAUGGGACUUUACCCGUCUGUUGGUAAAGAACAGAGCUCUUUUCCGGCACCAGGGCGAGUCUGCACUGGUGCAUCGAAUUGUCCCCGAGGACACUUCAGCCCCGAGCAAGACAUUGCGCAAGCCAAUGGCCACCUCGGCGGCACCAUCCGCCCUACCUCAUCUUCCUUAUUUCUCGACGUUGAUUCUUACAUCGGCGUACCUGGCAUCUCAUACCCCCCAACGCCUGGACACCAUCUUCUUUUCCAAGUUCUCGUCAAGUUCACUAUCUGCACGUAACAAGCGUGCUCACCAUCGUCGCCGACUGAAGGUCUUGUCCCAGGCGCAAGCAGAGGACAGAGCAGCUGCUAACGACGACCCUUCUACACCGCGAAAGGGCAAGCGGACGAAAACCCGUAUCACCAAGUCCACUCUCUCCAACGCCUUCGCAACAUCCUCCGCAACAACAUCUGCCGUAGGCGGCGGCGCAGGCAUCACAGGCCCAUCAACCAUUCUAUCAGCUCGCCCGUUUCCACUAGAACGUCUACUAGCAAUUUACCACGCCGUUGAUCCAAACCCACCCGAGAACCCCAUCCAUACCGCCGCCGUCGCAGACCAAAUCUACGCUGAAUUGGCGACAUUGCGCCGUCUACGUCUCGUGGUACCUGCCUCCGGUCAUGUUGGCUUUGCCAGCACAGGCAGCGGGAAUACCAGUGCAGACGCGGGCGAGAAAUGGUGCGUGAACGUGUCUGGCGAUUGGAUCGGGGAGUUGGCGAAAGGAAUCGGUGUCGAGGUUGGAGAGUGGCUUGCUGGUGGACUUGAUUAA